CUUUUCAUGGCCGAAAAACUCCUCUGUGAUUGUAAAAGAUACUGCGAUGGUGGUCGGCUAGUCUCAAGAAGCACAUACUACGACCACAAACCAUAUCGGCAUCAACUCGCAGUCAUUACCUCGGUGCACGAAGAUAGCGACAAGCGGCGCUGCAUCGAAGACAACACGUUGGCAGCAGACUCAUCUUCUGGAACUACGGAGAACCAUCGUGCCCCAACUCCGAGCUUGGGGCACCAUGACCACAUGUCAGCCCAGACAGCUGCGGACGUCUCAGGGAGUUCUCAUGAAAGAGUCAACACUGCUGGUGACGCGCCACAACAAGAUGAACCAAUGGCGCAGCGCGACGACUCUCCUCUCGACGAAUCGAUGAGCGGCUAUGAGAUCGACGCCGACGUUGUCCCACGUACUCAAGAACUUAAGAUUGCCCUCGACUUCAAUAGGUUCAUUGCGGGCGCUACGUUGGAAAAUGGUGAUUUGGGGGUGGAGGAGCUGGAGUCCCUGCUAAACCCAGCACGAGAUAUCCCCGAGAUUGAUAGUGACGACCUAUUGCUCUCGUUAAAACUAUUCUUGUCCACUACGAAUGCCUCAAACCAAGUUUACCAUGAUGUACGCAACGAUAUUAUGGAUGUACAUCCGAGGACAAAUUGUUAUCCCAUCAUGCCAUCAAGAAGAAGAUUGCGGCAAUGACGGGUAUAUCCCCCA